AUGAACUGUGAACUCAAUUUAAAUAUUGCAGAAGAAAUUAACUCCCGUGAUCUGGUGGAUAAAGUUAAUAACGCCUCAAAAUUAGGUUUUGACUGUGUCUGGAUUGGUAAUAAUGAAUAUGUUGUUUAUUCACAUUAUGCUAUCCUUUGUACGGUUAUGAGCUGUCGUUGGUUAACACUGUUUUCAAUUGUGUUACAGGACGGCAAUACUCCACUUCACAAGUUGUUACAAUUUAACCAUUCGUAUGGAGAUCACAUAGAUGCAACUAAUUACUUAAUAAAGGCUGGAGCGAAUGCCAAAUUAAAAAACCAGCGUGGUCAAACUCCAGCUGAAGUGUAUGUGAACAACAAAUGUGAAAAGUAUGAUUCUACCAACAAAGAAAAACAAAAAGAAAUGCUCAUGCAUCUCCUACAAAGUGAGCUGUUCAUACGAACAUAA